AUGCAAGAACUUAUCGACACCGUGAACCGAUACACGUUGCGCAGCGCCGGUUUCCGCGACAAGCCGACGCCUGGCUAUGCAGCACGACAAUUUUUAGGUUCCUUGCUGUUGCGCGACCAGCUUGACUCAAUACGGCUUUCGACGAUUGCCCGUUACAUGUUUUCCACCGAAGCGCUUAUCGCCGUUUCACGAGAUGGCAUACAAACAAUUAGCUGUGAAGGAAAUGCGCUGUGGCCGAUAUGCUCCGUCCCCAAUUCGUCCACAAGUGAAAUUACGGGCGUCGCCGUCACACCGAGCGGCACACUGGUUUCCAGUUCAAACGGCGUGUGUUACCUGGAGGGCGGUGAGCCCAAAGUGUUAGAGGACCGCACCCCAAACAGCUACGCCCAGAACAUUCUGUGCAUCUCCAGCACGCCGGAUGGCGAGUACGUCGCCACUGGUGGUUGCACCGCUACGGUCACUGUGUGGUCGUCGGACUUGCAGCCGCUCCACCACUUUUCCGGGCACACAGAUUGGGUGCGUUUUGUAAAGUUUGCUCGUGGCACCUUGCCAGCAUUGCUGCUAUUUAGCACGGGUGAUGACGGUGUAAUCUGUCAGUGGGACGUGCUUGCGGGGUCGCUGAUCUCUCGCCUGGACUACGCGCGAGGGCAGAGCAUCCAAGUUUUCGAAAUGUGCUACUACAGCGGCUUGAUGGCCAUCACCAGCAACCAACCUCUCAUUGCGUUGUACUGCCCGCUCUCCGACAGCACGACGCGCGCCGUCGGCGAAGACGUUCUGCGGCUCCAGCCCAUGGGCCUCAUCACCGAGGCGCACCAAUACACGCCUACAGCGGCCAAAUUCACAAACGACUCGCAGUGGCUGGCCAGUGCAUCCGAGGAUGAGACGAUCGCGCUGUCGUCAGUGGGCGAUCCACUGCAUUGCUUUGUGUGCAAAGAGUUUGUGACCCGUCGCCACUGCUUGUUCUUCAUGAACAUCUUCAACUCGAUCUGCAUUCUUGCGGCACCACCGCAGUCUUCGGUCAUUGUGGUUGCCGCGUGCUCCAGCGACGGCACCGUCGUUCAGUGGGUGGUCGACCCGCGAACCAACCGGACAUGCUACACAAAGAAAUUGCAGUUGCACUUGGGUUCGUUUUUGGCGAUGGAUCUGAUCCCUGACGAUGAGCUGAACGAUGUUUUAUGGUGA